AUGUCGGCGCCGCGCGUUCGACAAAAGCGAUUACCCAAGCCGCCAGCGUGUGAUGCAUGCAAGGCGCGGCGCGUACUGUGCCAUCCUCAGCCAAACGGCGCGCCCUGUCCGCGAUGUGCUGAGAAAGGGGUCAAGUGUACUACGACGUAUGUUCCCCGGGGGCGCCCACGACAGAUCAUUGCUCCAUCGAGCGAAGCCCCUCCUGUUACGGCCAGCUCUUCAUCGAUGGCUCUUCUCACCAUGGAUACGAUCCGUAUAGAGCACGGGCCAGAGCUGACUCCCCAACGCGUCGCCCAUUUCUUCGAUUGUUUUGAGCAUCUUCCACAGAUCUUGCACCCACUCAUCAAGGCCACCAACGUGAGGACCUACAUUCGCUCGGUUUCCUUCCAGCUUGACCUGCUUCCGCCACAACUGGGCGUAUUGGCGCUCUGCAUUAUUGCGUAUACUUCGCUCGUGUCCUUCGACGAGUCUGUCCUCGGCCCAGGUCUGCGGCCAGCAUCCUUGGGUGAUACGACUUUCUUCGAAUCACCGGAGUUGGUUGGACUGUGUGGGUCACGGCGGGCGCCAGCCUGUCGCGCCUUUCACACGCGGGCGUUGCGUGCGGCAUGGGACUUGGGUAUCAUGCUGCAGCCUUCAAAGGAGAACGCGGCUUCGUGCUGGAUCCUCGAUCUACUCGAGCAAUAUGAUUUUUCCGGACUCUCAAGGCCUUGGGCCACCGCAUACAUCUCCCACGUCCGCGCUCUGGCACCGAUAUGGAGGGCAACAAAGGAUCCAGUUGUACAGAACCCCGUCGAGUGGGCGGGAUUUCUUCUGUCUGAAGCGUUGCUCUCGACCCGCAGCCGGAAACCCCUACUUGUAACUUUAGAGGACCAACUUCUUCUCUCUGGCCCCGAACCAGGUUCAAUGGACGAAUUACUCGCCACAUUGGAAUCCGCGGCCUCGUCCGAUCGGCCGGACCACGUAGUCUAUGCAAUGACGAAGCCACUCAUGUUUCAUGCCACAAUACUUGCGCGCACGCUCUGGCAAAACCUGACCGGCGACCACGCCCGUUUCUCGACUAUAUCCGAAUCGCACGUCAUCCACUUCCUUUCCUCCUUACAACAAAUGCUGGCGAUUUUGAGCCAUGUGCUGUCGAAGGCGGAGCUCUAUCUCACUAUCACCGAUGCAAACUAUCAAGGGGACGCGCCACGCGGCUCGCUGGCCGCUGCUGGGCGCGACGUUUACGCGGCUGCGCGAAUUCCUAACCCCGCCGGAGCCUUCAAAGUCACGCAGACCAGUGAUGCCGCCGCGGUCCGCGCAUGUGCCUACGGGCUUAUCGUAGGGUUUGCGGCCGUCGCAUUGCCCUUCGAACAAGAAAUCCGCUUGAGGCUCGAGUUACUAGAUAAGCCCGACCAGUCGCCGACCGAGCGCCGUCUCUUGGCGCGGCUAACCACACUUUCCUCGCAAGCCAGGGGACUCACGCGCUCUGCCACGAGGGCGCUGGCGCGAGGCAUCCGCCUCUUGCCCGCAGUGCACUAUAUUCCGGCCCGCUUCAACAUCAUCAAGGAAUACGCAAAAUUUGCGCUGGAGGAUGUGUGUAUGGAAACCUUCGCCAUGUGGGACCCCCGCCUGCGCGACCUCGAAAUCUUCCUCUCAGAGCUGACAAUGGCGCGGUACUCGCUCGAUCUCAGUCGCCAACCGGCAACGGAGACACUGAUCGGGCAGAUCGAUGCAUACCUAGCACACGCUUCGAUGUUCUGCAACCCUGACAAUGCCGGUGCUCCUGACCGUGGAUUGGGAGCAGUCGAUCUAGAUUUGGCGGCUUCUCUGGAUCCUGACGCCGCGCGCCACGGACGUAUUGGCCUCGAGGUAGCGGUCACUGAUGCACAUGCAUUUGCUGCUGCGUAUGGUAGUUUAGGUAUAUAA